AAUGAAAAAUUAGGAGUUUUGCUUAAAAUAAUUUGGUCAAACAAAAUAAGAACACCAUAGUUCAUUUUGGAAGGUUCUGUAAUGGCGACUGCUAGGAUUGUACCCCUAAAAGCCCUCGUAAAUGGAGUUUCACCAUGGAAUCCGCUCUCACGAGUCCUCCGGCUCCGUUCUCGUCCUCUAUACUCAGCCGUACGAGAUUAUUCCGCCGCCAUUUCGCCGCCUUCUAAGGCCGUUGUCUACGAUCAACACGGCUCUCCUGAUGUUGUCACUAGAGUGACGGAGCUUCCGCCGGUGGAAAUUAAAGACAAUGAUGUGUGCGUUAGAAUGCUUGCGGCUCCGAUCAAUCCUUCUGAUAUUAAUAGAAUUGAAGGAGUUUAUCCUGUCCGACCACCGUUGCCUGCAGUUGGGGGAUAUGAAGGUGUUGGAGAAGUACAUGCCAUUGGUUCUGCAGUUAAGGGUCUUUCCCCGGGAGAUUGGGUUAUCCCUUCCCCACCUUCUUCAGGGACAUGGCAGACAUACGUCGUAAAAGAACAAAGUGUGUGGCAGAAAGUUGAUAAAAGCACCCCAAUGGAGUAUGCUGCGACUGUUAUUGUCAAUCCGUUGACUGCCUUGAGAAUGCUUGAGGACUUUAUUGCAUUAAAAUCAGGGGACACUAUUGUGCAAAAUGGUGCUACAAGCAUAGUGGGUCAAUGUGUUAUUCAACUAGCUCGACUCCGUGGGAUUCAUAGCAUCAAUAUCAUUAGAGACAGGGCAGGAUCAGAUGAAGCAAAAGCCCAUCUCAAGCAACUAGGUGCUGAUGAAGUGUAUACUGAAAGCCAACUGGAAGUGAAGAAUGUCAGAGGUCUUCUGGGCAAUAUACCUGAACCUGUUUUAGGCUUUAAUUGUGUUGGUGGCAAUGCUGCUUCAUUGAUCCUAAAAUUCCUGAAGCAGGGUGGCACUAUGGUGACAUAUGGGGGGAUGUCAAAGAAACCGAUAACUGUAUCUACUUCUGCUUUUAUAUUCAAGGAACUUACCUUGACAGGAUUCUGGCUACAGAGGUGGAUGAGUUCAGACAAAGCUGAAGAGCGUCAAUCCAUGAUAGACUAUCUAUUGGGCCUAUGUCGAGAUGGGAAAUUGAAAUACGAGUUGGAAGUAUCACCUUUUGAUGAUUUUCAUACAGCUCUGGAAAAGGCAAUGGGAAAGCGAGGAAGACAACCCAAACAAGUUCUUAAAUUCUAAGUCACGGGUACUUCAACAUUAUUCUAAUUUGAGUGCUGUAAGCAUAAGCUUUGUUGUUAGACAAGCCAGUUUAGGUAAAUGUAUCCCCAAGAAAUAAUAAGACAAUUGGCAGUGCCACUCGUUGUGGCAUCUAUUCUCCUUUCUCAAAAGAGGUUCAAUUUAGAAUUCCAGUGUGUAUCAUUUGGCCAACAACCUUCAACCUGUUGUCUUUAAACUA